AUGGGUGCCUCGGCUUCCAGGAACUGGCUAGUCGGUGUUUCCGCGCUGGAGCCUGAACCCGAGGAGGCGCUGGGUCUGGGCCAGCUGCCCACGGAGCUGCUCGAGAUGGUGCUGAGCCACGUGCCCCCUCACGUGCUGCUCGGGCGCUGCCGCCGGGUGUGCCGGCGCUGGCGCGACCUGGUGGACUGCCAGGCCCUGUGGUUGAACAUCCUGGCCCGAGACCACGCCGCCCUGUGGCCCGUCCUCCGCACCUGCCUGCCCCCCGCCGACGACCCCAGGCCCUGCGUCCUGGGUCGCUUCUGCGAGCUCCGACCCAUAGGACGCAACCUCCUCCGGAACCCCAAGGGCGAAGAAGGUUUCCUGAAAUGGACGGUGCUGAGCAGUGAAGACGGCUGGGCGGCGGAGGAGGAAAACUCGGAGGUCAUACCUAGUGCCUAUAUGCUAACCAGCUUCCUGUCUGCCUACAGGGGGUAUCACAAGAAGCAAGUGUUGGACCUGGAGAAGGAGGGUUUCUGGCCAGAACUCCUGGACAGUGGAAAGAUUGAGAUUUGUGUCUCUGACUGGCGGAAGGACCAACAAAGAACUGACUGUAUAUAUCAGCUAACUGUCCGACUUCUAGAUGCCAACCAGGCCAUCCUGGAUCAUUUCUCUCCUUUGCCUUUUCCCAUCUGGAAGUGGAGAAACAGCGUCUCUCCUCGGGUCAGCCACGUGUUCUCCAACCUCAAGAAGGGCGUUCGCUUUGUGUCUUUUGAAUGCUGCACCUGGGACUUGGAAUUCAGAAAUGAGCAGUAUGGAAUCUCUGUGACGAAUUCCAGUGUCAUCGUGCAGAUUCUGGAAGCUACUAUAAGAAAGUUCCUCCAUCAGAUUUACCGGCUGCUGCUGCUCUAA